GGAUGCUGUGAAAACACUUAACACUUUUGCCUCGUUUCUUAAUUAGGGCCAUGAUGCAUUCCAAAAAUUGCUUACUAAUUAAAGCCGGAGGGGAAAGGAGGUGUAUCCAAGCUGGAUGUGGAGCCACCAGCAGAUACAGAUGAAAUGGUAUAAAAGGGCUCCCUGAGCUGAGAUCUUCCAACAGCUUCCUUUGGCUUCAUCUCCUUCACUUCAUUUCUACUCCUCUGAGACUUUGGUAAGUCAAGUGUGUGCACAUAUGAUGUUAUAUUUGAAUGAUUCUUGCAGUGGUCAGAACGUUCAGGUAACUGAACUCCAAGAGAAGGCUAAAAUUCUAUUACUCUGUGAAUUGGGUAGAUCUUCCACCAGGAACCUUACACUCUUAGGUUGUUGGCUGGUUUCUUUUCUAUAUCUACCUUAUGAAAUCAAGUAUUUAGCUGCGUUAGUCCAUCUAGCUCAGUUUUGGCCACACUGAUCAGCUGUAGUUCUCCAGAGUUUCAAGAAGGGAGUCUUUAGCAGCUCAAUCUGCAGAUUCCAAGGACCGAACCUGGGAUGUUCUGCAUGAAAACCACGUGUUCGGCCACUGAACAAUUGUCCUCCCCCUAAAAUUAAAGUAAGGUUCUAAUCUUCACGGUUCCAAAUAAAUACCUGACUCAAAUGAGCAUAGGGAGUUGUCCUGUACCAUGACAGAACAUUGGAAUCCCUAGUUCAGUUUUACCUACUCAGAUUGGCCAUUGUUCUACAGGCCUUGAAGCAGGGGACAUUCCUAGACUAUCCUGAAAUUAUCAGGGAUUGGAUUUGGGAUCCACAACGAAGACAAGGGCUGUAGUAACAAAAGCAGAGAAGAAUAAAGGUUUCAGGCAUGAGGGCUUAAUGUUUUCAGAAUUAUCAAAGACAGCAGAUUUUCAGUGGUGGAGAAAGGAAGAUGGAUUGAAUUUACUGAACUGGGAAUGGGUAAAAUAUCCUACUGCCACAGGAUGAUUAUGUCUGAAAUAUUCUCCCAACUGUCCAUUGAAGUGAUGUAGCCCACACUUAUUUUGUCCCUUGGUGUUUUUGGUUUCAGACUCACCUCCACCCAACAAUGGUUGACUGUGGUCCAUCCUGCGCUGUCCCAUCCUGUGCUUCCACCCCCACUGUUGGGUUUGGCUCAGCAGGAGGUCUUGGCUAUGGUGGUCUCGGCUAUGGAUUGGGAGGUCUCGGCUAUGGAAAUGGAGGAUUCGGCUACGGAUUUAGUGGUCUCGGCUAUGGAUAUGGAGGUGCUGAAAGAGCAGCCAACCUUGGCAUCCUAGAUGGGAUUAUCCCUAAACCCAUCAACCAGAUCCCACCAGCAGAGGUCGUGAUCCAGCCACCUGCCUCCGUUGUGACCAUCCCAGGGGCCAUCCUCUCUGCCAGCUGUGAGCCUGUGGCUGUUGGAGGCAACACUCCAUGUGCCGUUGGUGGUUCCGGGAUCGUAGGAGGCUAUGGCUAUGGGGGCUUGGGCUUUGGGUCUGGUCUCCUUGGAAGCUCUGGAGGUUUCGGCUAUGGUUUGGGCUACGGGAGGGGAAGGAAGUUCGGGCGUCGUUUUAGCAUCUGUUCAUAGACCAAUUAAACCUGAGAAGCAUAUCCUGAACUGAUCAUCAGAGGGCUUGAUACAGAUCUAUCGGCCAUGGUUCAGAAAAGCUGAAUUCAAGCAAUCACUCCUGGAAUUCAUCCUCCGUUCUUUGCUUCAGAGUGCAGAAGAAAAAAGAUCCUUCUACACCGAUUUUCUUCUUUGCCCCUUUCAAUGCUCU